GAGCCCUUUAAGCAGAGACUCACAAGUGACAAAUAUCAGCACACCACUUAACUGAGAAAGCCGGAGUGUUCCCAGGUCCGCAAGUUGGAGCUCUUUAGUUGGAGUGCUGGGUUUAGACUAAAGAGCGGGUGUUGCGACUCCUCCUCCCCACCACCAGUCAACAACCCCGCCCACCCCCGCCAACUUCUUCUGGCCUCUUAGCGCCUUUCUCCAGCCAGCCGGCCCGCCCUUCCUCCGGGUGUCUGAGAGCUGGGCGCAGGAGGCGGGCUCAGCGCUGACGGGCUGCGCCUCUGCAGCCAGAGGGAGGAGGCGGGAAGGCGGGCGGAGGAGGAGGCGGAGGAGGAGGAGGGGGCGGGGACUACGCAGGGCGGUAGCUGGCGCCGAGCGCGGUGGGAGAGGAGAGGGUACCCGGCUGGCUCGGCUGGCGGCCUCUGCCCGGAUCUCGGCGCCGCAGUCCUGCGCCUCUCCCGCUCCUGUCUUCGGCUCCGCAGCCCCGGGCACGGCGGAGGCAGCGGAGCCCUGGGCCAUCGUACCUGGAGUAGAACAGAAAAAUUAUUAUGUCUGUGUUCCCUUGGGACUCAUUGGAAAUUGUAUAGUGACAUCUUCUGGGAUUUAGUCUGGAUUGUGCAGGCUGGUGCUUAAAAUGGAAGUCGAUAUUAAUGGAGAGUCUAGAAGUACCCUGACCACCCUGCCCUUCCCGGGGGCUGAGGCCAACUCCCCGGGAAAGGCAGAGGCAGAGAAGCCCCGCUGCUCCAGCACACCCUGCUCCCCGAUGCGGAGGACCGUGUCAGGCUACCAGAUCCUACACAUGGACUCUAACUAUUUGGUUGGCUUCACAACUGGCGAGGAACUCCUGAAGUUAGCUCAGAAGUGCACAGGAGGUGAAGAGAGCAAGGCAGAAGCCAUGCCAUCCUUACGCUCCAAACAGCUAGAUGCAGGACUUGCCCGUUCCUCUCGUUUGUAUAAAACCAGAAGUAGGUACUACCAGCCAUACGAGAUUCCAGCUGUCAACGGCAGGAGGCGAAGGCGGAUGCCCAGCUCAGGAGACAAGUGCACUAAAUCUUUACCUUAUGAACCUUAUAAGGCCCUCCAUGGGCCUCUGCCUCUUUGUCUUCUUAAAGGUAAGAGGGCUCACUCCAAAUCUCUGGACUACCUCAAUCUAGAUAAAAUGAUCAAGGAGCCAGCUGACACAGAAGUGCUACAGUACCAGCUUCAACACCUAACCCUCCGAGGGGACCGUGUGUUUGCUAGAAAUAAUACAUGAAUGACUUGGAGAGAGCUUAAACCAGUUUAGGUCAGCCUACGCUUGGCUAGAAAAAACCCACUGCUGUACUCUGUACAUGACUCUUCACACUAUAGAUGGUUAUAUCAGCUAAGUGUUCCUGGAACAUAAAAAUUGUUUGGAUCAAAUUUGAAUACAGGAAUGAAAUCACAGGUACUUGGGGGGGAGGGGGAUAUCAUUCUAGAGCACGCAACUGCAAAGGAAACAAUGUUGACUGUUAGUUUGUAUAGCUUUUUAGCUAGGAAAAAAGGCUUUGGUACAGUAAUUUCAUCUUUAUGAUUCUGACACUCAAAUUGGGAAUGUUAUCUGCUUGGUUGUUGCUGACUUGACAUGAUUCAUUAGAAAUUUAUAUCUUAAGUACUCAAGUACUUCUUGGAUCUCUGUAUUUUACUAUAAAAUGUAUGUAAUGGUUUGUUUUAUGAAAUUUAGAACUUGAACAUUGCUGAAUUGGACCACUUUUUAUUUUUAAAUAUUGAGUUUAAAUAUUUUAUAACUGGUUUUGCACUGAAAAAAUUAACAUUUCAGAUUGACAAGAGAGUAAUCUUUCUUCACUUGCCUCAAUAAUAUUAUUGAGCAAUGAAUUUUUUAUUUCCGCAUGGAAAGUUAUUGAUCUCUAUGGCUGUAAAAUAUUUCUUUAUAGCGUUAUUAAAGUGUGUCUUAAUAAAAUUAAAUUUGGGAUACAAAGUAUUUAUUUUACAAUGGGUGGGUGGGGGAAGCUUUUCCAGAAAGUUUCCAAUGUGACGUUUUCUUAAGUUGAAAAAACUCCUUAUGCUUAUUUUCUAACUUAAAAUUCACCUGGAACUUUAAAUUGAAAGGAUUCUUUUAAUUGUGGAUUAUAGGCAUAAUACUGUUUGCAUCUGAAUUUUCUGUAAGUGAAUAAAAGUUUAAUAGAGGAACUCAUGAUUUGUACUAUCGAAUGAUUAAACUAAGUAUGAAGUGAUACCAUUCAGCAUGGCAUCAGGUCAUUCCAGUUUUAGUUCUGUGCAACACAAGCACUCACUGAAAUUCGAGUUUCUAGGAUUAGUGUAGGAGCCUAACGUGCUUCUACUGUUUUAAUGGGUUAAUCCUGGAUUACUUAACAAUUUAUGUCAAUUGCACUGGUUUAAUUUGUUGCUAAAGAAAUAAUGCCCUGGCUUUAGUAACAAAUACAGCUCAACUACUCUUGAAUAUAUUUUGAAAAAAAAAAUGUAUGUAACUUACCUUUUGUAAACGUUCUAUUUCUUUUUUCCCCCAUUUUUGACUCUUAAAGGUGCAAUUUAUUACUGAAUUGGGAUUUCUGGCAGCAUAGAACUGCUUUUUAUUUUGGGGUCUGUGAGUUUCUUAGGUGUUAGCAAUCUCGCUUAUAAAAUAAGAACACCUUUUAAUUAAUGAGUGGGUCAUUCCUGGUGCAAUUGUGAUUUUUCUUUAGCCAGAAUGAAUGGCAAACUCUAUUUAGAGCAAAGUAAGUAUUAGAAAACCCUAGGAACUCUUAAUCAACGUUUAUUAUACUUUCAUUAAGGUAAACUAUGUGAAAGAGCCUUGGGGAAGUUGGCCCAUAUCUUACUGAGUUGAUCAGAUUUCUCGUUGGGCUGGAAAUGUUUAGCUGUUGUAUAUUUUAAAGUAAAUUGCACCUUUGUAACAUAUUGUAUUGACGAAUGAUCACUAAGAUUAGUUAUAUCUAUACAGUCAUUAGUUUGACAAGAAAUAGAAUCCUGUCAGAUGCCAAAGAGUGGGAUUUUUACGUUUAAUGAUUAAACACCAUUAUUUAUUGACAAUUUACCCUGUGGAACUGUAUUAUUUCUAACUAUGAAAUAAAGGGGUGAUGUAAACACA